AUGGCUAGCAACACAUAUUCUCCAGUGCUGGAAACCAGUCGCAUUUUCUCUGAUCUUUGCGAGCAAUCGGAGCGCCUCAGUCUCCCGCCCGAUGUGCUUGCAAACAAGGACCGGGUCUCAUUCUCCACCAGCCACAAUGAGAUUUAUUUCCCUAUUCCUUUCAAAGAGACCGAGACUCUUGCUGCGCUGAAGGGCAUUGAAGGCUCCGUCGCGGCUUCGAUCGCGGAUCUGCGCUUUGGCGCUGGCGCUGAGCCUCGCGGAGUUCAAGUCAAUCUAGAGGCAGCCACUGCAUUCGGGUGCCAAGCCUACAUGGCCAAGGUUGAUGGCCUGUCGAAGCUAGACCCAAAUGUGAAAUCGAAACUGAAGAAUACCGACUUGCUGGCUGCUCAAUCCAACGGUUACAGACGCAUGUCAGCCAAUUUGUACAAGACUAAGAACCCGGGCGAGUUCUUCCACAUUCAUGGAUCGUUGGAGGCAACUACCACCUUGAACAUGAUUGGACUGGAGGGCGAGCGCCCAGACCUCACUGACUACGAGGAUAUCAUCAAGGUCAUUGAGGAAAAGACCCAGCAAUACACAAUCACAGAAUUGGAAGAGAUGAACAAGGAGAGACGACAGGCUGGAGUUACCGCAUACAAAUACGACGACUUUAUCAAGACCCCUCAUGGAAAACUGAAUGUUAAAGAACCCGCCUGGAAAGUCAGUAAGUUGCCAGGUGAUCUGCCACCAACCCCAUUUCCAGCCACUCGCAAUGGCAGCAAGAAGAUACUUGAAGGCGUCAAGGUCCUUGAAAUGUGUCGCAUCAUCGCAGGCCCAACAGUCACUCGGAUACUGGCCGAAUAUGGUGCCGAUGUGUUGAAGAUCACGAGCCCUAGUCUUUCGGAUGUUCCCUUUUUCCAAGUUGAUGGAAACAUGGGAAAGCAUGCCGCCGAUCUCGAUCUGAAGAGUGAGGCAGGCCGAAAAGAGUUCGAGAAGCUCUUGGAUGAUGUGGAUGUUAUUGUGGAUGGCUACCGCCCUGGUGCACUGGACAAGCUUGGAUACGGAGCCGAGGCCAUGGCUGCUCUGGCUCACAAGCGUGGAAAGGGUAUUGUCUACGUUAAUGAGAACUGCUUCGGGUACGAGGGCGAAUGGGCUGGCCGUGCUGGAUGGCAACAAAUUGCAGACUGCGUCACUGGAAUUGCCUGGGCUCAAGGCCAGUUCAUGGGUCACUCUACCCCUGUCGUUCCUCCAUUCCCCAUCUCAGACUACGGCACUGGUUGUAUGGGCGCCAUUGCUGCACUGACAGGUCUUUAUCACCGCGCUAAGACCGGUGGCUCAUAUCACGGUAAAGCUUCGCUGAUGCACUACGAUCUUCUGCUCUUCGCCAUGGGCAAGUAUCCGGCAGAUGUGCAAGAGGAGCUUCGCAAGGUGCAAUCCGAAGAUUUCUUCAAAUUGCGCCACUGUGACAGUGUCGACCGCAUCUCAUCUACUGUUCUCAAGAGCAUGCAGCAACGGUUUCCCCAUUUGUAUCAGCCGGCUGGCAAGGAGUUUGAGGGUCGCAAGCCGCUGACAGAGCUCUGGUCUUCCCGCGCCUAUGGUGCUGAUGUUGAAGUUGUGAAGCCCGUUGCUGUCAUCUCUGGUGUGGAUAACCAGUUUGUGCGAUCUAGCCGGCCUAAUGGAUCUGAUCAAGCUACGUGGGAGGACUUCAACGUUGCCGAAGAGGAUGUGAAGAAGUGUUAG